CAACUAACACUCAGGUAAAAGUAUUAAGAAUCAGGAGUAUGUAAACCUUUGAACGAGGUAAUUUUUGUAAUUUCAACUAUUAUUUUUUUCUUGUGAACUAUAUGUAAAUGUCUUAUAUGUGAAAUAUCUUAUUCAGGUCAGUACUUAAAAAAAUAACAUGAAUUUGUAUCCUUAUUUUGGAAAAAUAAUAUUUUGCAGAUUCUGCAAGGUGUAUGAAUACUUUUUACUUCAGCUGUAUUAGGAAAGAGUACUUUGUAAUUAGUUGGUCACCUUAGAUAAAAGACCCACAAAAACACAACAAUUUAACCAUCACGAUAGACACCAUAAACCAAAACAAGUUCAACUGGCAUGUAAAUGUGGUGUGAGAUUCAAAGUUGGCAGUCUUCAUUCAUUCGGCCUGCUAUGACAUUUGCAGAUGAGAUGGAGCGACGCUGAAAAUACUGAUUGAGGAUGAAAUGUCUUUUAUCCACUCGUAACCACAUCCCACAACAAAGACACACCGAAUCAACUUCCAUCUCUUUCAUUUCCUGUUCCACAGGAAAUUGCCUCAGAGGAAGCUGAUAGCUCACUGCUCAUCGCAAACGUGUUUCUAAAUCCUGACUCGGAAGGACUGUACGAAGGCCUUUAUAUCAAAAAAAAUGACGGGUCCUGUUUGCUGUUAUCUCCCCCUCUCCUCCCCGUUUAUGGAAAUCUGAAUUAUUUUGCUCUAGAUUCAUUUCUCCUAGAAGGUGAGAUGAGCUUAUCCACUUCAAUCAGGGCUUGGACGUGUCGACAUUUCCUAAUGGAGCAGCCAUCCCCUCAAAAGCUAAUAUGAGCGAUUGCCUACCCCUUGAGACAGUGGCCCUUCUCAACGUCAUUCGUCACAGUAUAUAAUCCCAGCUCUGAUACCGCCGGGGGAGGAGUGUCAGGUACUGUGGCACAUGCAAAGAGCUCCCAGUCAUCUCUGAAGGGGCAGCUUAAGGAGACAAUAACACCUUCGACUUAUGAGAUGCAGGGAAAGAAGGCAUCUCAAGAAACAGCAACUAUGUCCUCUGAACUACAAACUAACCCGAAGGGGCCGCAGACAGCCCCUAAAUCACCUAUUGGGCUUCUUAGGAAAAGGGGUCAAGAAGCAAUUCCAAAGAUGCAACCCGCUAUGAUGAUGUUCUCUAGCAAAUACUGGGCUCGGCGAGGUAUGUCUUUGGAUUCAGCAAUGUAUGACCAGCAACAUCUUGCAGCCUCCAUGCUCCGCAGGACAUCCUUUAAUCGGAUAGAUGAAAGACCUGACAAAGAAGAACCGAAAUCCACUCAUGACCUUGGGAAAUUAGCAGUGAUUUUCUCUCUGAAGAAUGAAGUUGGCUGUCUGGUGAAAGCGCUGAGGCUCUUUCAGGAAAAGCAUGUGAAUUUGGCCCACAUCGAGUCUCGGAGAUCCAAGAGACUCUCCAAUGAGGUGGAGAUUUAUGCAGAGUGCAACUGCACGAAGAAAGAGUUCAACGAGUUAGUGCAGCACCUGAAAGACCACGUCAACAUCGUCUCAUAUAACACACCUCAACACGUGUGGUCUGCAGAGACUGACUGUUUGGACUGUGUGUGCGUUUUGGGUGGGUUGCCAGAUGGGGAAGGAAUACCAUGGUUUCCUCAAAAGAUCUCAGAGCUGGACCAAUGCUCUCAUCGAGUGCUAAUGUAUGGCUCGGAACUGGAUGCUGACCAUCCAGGCUUCAAAGACAAAGUAUAUCGGGAGAGGAGGAAGUACUUUGUGGAGGUUGCAAUGAACUACAAAUUUGGGCAGCCCAUCCCACGUAUAGAAUACACAGAAGAGGAAGUGAAGACAUGGGGAGUGAUUUUCAGAGAGCUUACAAAACUCUAUCCAACUCAUGCCUGCCGCGAGUAUUUAAAAAACCUCCCUCUUCUCACAAAGCAUUGUGGGUACAGAGAGGACAACAUCCCACAGCUGGAAGAUGUGUCUCGAUUCCUACGUGAUAGAUCAGGAUUUACCGUACGACCUGUGGCUGGAUAUCUGUCACCACGAGACUUUCUGGCCGGUCUGGCUUAUCGAGUGUUUAAUUGCACUCAGUACAUUCGUCACAGCACCGAUCCUCUCUACACACCAGAACCGGACACCUGCCAUGAACUGCUGGGUCACGUACCUCUCCUGGCAGAUCCCAAGUUUGCUCAGUUUUCUCAAGAAAUUGGCCUUGCAUCUCUAGGUGCUUCAGAUGAGGAUGUGCAGAAACUGGCAACAUGCUAUUUCUUCACAAUUGAAUUUGGACUGUGCAAACAAGAAGGCCAGUUGAGAGCCUAUGGAGCAGGUCUGCUGUCUUCUAUUGGAGAGUUGAGACAUGCGUUGUCUGACAAAGCAAAGGUGAAGAUGUUUGAUCCCAAAACCACUUGCUACCAGGAGUGCCUCAUUACAACAUUUCAAGAUGUUUAUUUUGUCUCUGAGAGUUUUGAAGAGGCAAAAGAGAAAAUGAGGGAAUUUGCUAAAACAAUAAAAAGGCCUUUUUCUGUCUACUACAACCCGUACACCCAAAGCAUCGAUUUACUGAAGGACACCAGGAGCAUUGAGAACGUGGUUCAAGAUCUUCGCAGCGACCUUACCACCGUCUGUGACGCUCUGGGAAAAAUGAACACGUACCUCGGUAUCUAGCUAGUC